AUGGCCAGCGGCAUCUGCCCCACGUGCUCGUGCACGGAGAUCGACGUGGUGGACGUGAGCGGCGAGGCCGUGUGCGUGAGCUGCGGCACCAUCCUCGAGGAGAACAACAUCGUGUCGUCCAUCGAGUUCCAGGAGUCGGGCGGCGGCGCGCACUCGGUCGUGGGGCAGUUCGUAUCGGCCACGGCCUCCAAGUCGUACGGCAACAUCGGCACCUCCGGGCGCAACUACGGGCUCGAGUCGCGCGCCAACACGCUGGCCAACGGCAAGAAGAAGAUCCGCCAGAUCGCGGGCAUGCUGCGCCUGGGCGACCACUACGUGGACUCGGCCUUCCGCCUCUUCGCGCUGGCGCUGCAGCGCAACUUCACGCACGGCCGCAAGACGCAGACGGUCAUCGCCGCCUGCCUCUACAUCGUGUGCCGCCGCGAGCGCUCGCCGCACCUGCUCAUCGACUUCUCGGACAAGCUGCAGAUCAACGUCUACGUGCUGGGCGGCGUGUUUCUCAAGUUCUGCAAGCUGCUGCAGAUCCACCUGCCGCUCAUCGACCCGUCGCUCUACAUCCACCGCUUCGCCUCGCAGCUCAACUUCGCCGGCAAGACGCACAGCAUCGCCACCACGGCGCUGCGGCUCGUGGCCACCAUGAAGCGCGACUGGAUCGAGACGGGCCGCCGCCCCUCGGGCAUCUGCGGCGCCGCGCUGCUCAUCGCCGCGCGCUCGCAGUCGGUCAUGUGCAGCCUGCACGACGUCAUGGACGUCGUCAACAUCGGCGAGCGCACGCUCAAGCAGCGCCUGUACGAGUUCUCGCUCACCCCGACGGCGCAGCUCACGUACGACCAGGUCGGCAAGCUCGAGAUGUCGCGCGUGGAGUGCGACCCGCCCAGUUUCCAGCGCCACCGCGAGAAGGAGGUCAUGGAGAUGCUGCUCAUCGAGUCGGAGAAGCUGCCGCUGGAACAGAAGGCGCGCAAGCGGUUGACCAGAGGACGGCGAGACGAGUCAGAGGACGAGAGCGACGAAGACGACGAUGACGAAGACGGAGGCGGCGCCUUGGCCAAGGGCAUGCUCAACAAGAAGGCGCAGCGCAUGAAGGACGAGGAGAUGUCCCGCUUCCUGAGCGGCGACGCCUACUACAAGAAGAAACAGUCCGAGGCGCUUCUUGGGAGCGAUGGAGCGAUUGUAGGAACGAAAGGCGCCGUCGCUGACAAAGGCGACGACGGCGAGGACGACGACGAAGAGAUUGACUACGGGUUUGACAACGCCAACGACCAGAUUGUUAACCGCGCGAGUCGCCUGGCGGCGCAGGAGGUUCUGCUUCGCGUGCGGAAGAAAUCGGCGCGCUACAUUAUGCGCAAGCGUGAGGAGGCGAAUUUCUACAAAACGAUCGAGCGGGACCUUACCAUGGCCCUCGAGGAGGAUAGUUCGGCAGCGAAGCCUAGUCGCGCCGCGGCGAAAGAGCAGGAGGAGGAUGUUAACGGUGAAACAGAGCACAGCACGAGUCCUACAACAUCAGCAGACGAUGAGGAAGGCUCCCCCCUGACAAGAAGACGAAGGUCACGUGACUUCGCGGAUAGCAGUAAUGGACAUGAGAAGAGGAGGAGAACAAGGUCAAGUGACGAGGUACAGGAAGAGGAAGAAGAGGAUGCGGAGGACCCAGAAGACGAGGACAAAGUGGCGGAGAAUGAGGGUGACGACGAGAAAGGAGACGCAGAGGAAGCUGUGGAUACGUUCUCGGACUUGGAUGACGAUGAAAUCAACUCAUUACUGUUGACAAGAGAGGAGGCGGAGAAGAAAAAGCUACUGUGGGAGAAGAUGAACAAGGACUUUAUCCAGGAGCAGGAGCAAAAGCGGCUACUUGGCUUGUCAGCGCCCGACGCCCCGAAGAAGAAGAGAAGAAAGAAAACCCCCGACGUGAACGCGCCACCUCCGGAUACGGCCCAGCACGCAAUCUAUAAAUUAAAGAGCCGAAGAAUCAACUACGAAGUUAUCGACGAACUCUUUGGCGAAGCCGCAAGCAACGGUUUCUAG